ACGCCCGUACAAGCAAUUUUAUCAUUGUUUGUCAAAAAACUUUAGUAGAUAUUUCAUUAGGUUUCUUAUUUUUAAAAUGUCUUCCAAAACUAUUAUCGAAGAACGUCGAUGUGACCUAAUCGGUCGCCACAGAGAACUCAAAAAUAAACUUACUACGAUGGAACGUUCCAUCCCGGUUUUGAUGGCGUAUAAAAUGUGGAUGACCGAUCGAAACUGUCACAACACAUCCUCUUAUUGCAAAGUGCAAGAAAUCAUGAAAAAGUUCUCGCCACAACUAGAUCCCGCCGAUAAACUCCUUGAUCGACUCAAGAGCACGGUCAACAAUCUUCAUCAGGAAACGACACAGUUGCAUGUACGGCCUGAUUGACAUUCGACGAUAAAAAUCUGGCUGUAUAAAAAAAUUUCUGAUAAUUCAAGGUUCCAAAGGGUUACGAAUAAAUCGAGAGAAUAGACGAAGAUUAAAAUUCGCUGUGAGUUUAACUUUUUAAAGUUAAAAUGUCGAUCUCAUUGAUGCAGGAUAAGAUCAUAAAUGCGGACGUGGAAUUGGAGGAAGCUGACAUGGAAUUGGAGUCUUUAGAGUUUGCUAACAAAGAGUUGGAACAGAAUCUGACCGAAUUGCAACAUGAAAUACAGAGACACAAGACACUUAGCUUACACUCCAUUCACUCUGAGGAUUUAAUAUGUCUAAAGAAAAUACGUCAACUCGCUCAAGAAGAAUUGAAGCUGAAGACGUAUAUCAAAGAGUUGGAAAACAUAGAGGACAUGUAUAGACGACAAAUGAACAAAAUGCUGUCUUGCAAAGAGUUACAGCGCGAUAAUAAAAGGACAACAGAAUGCAUGCAAAAAUUGGAAGAUGGUAGCAAAGAGCUACAAUGUCCGCUUGAUGUUUACAAUAAACAUAACGUAACAAGGCAGAUUUAUGCUUUUAAAGAUAAGAAACAAAUUUGUUGCUCGUGUACAACAUCAAUAACAUUAAUCGAUUGCAAGGAAACGUCAAAGAGAACAAAAGCGCGCAAAAAAUAUUCGUCGCUUCCGUAUUGUGUUCCGCUGAUUGUUCAUGCGUCGCGCACAGCUACGAAUAAAUCGCGCGCUUGCGAACUAUGCUGCAAAUAUUGCCGACAGAUUUCUAGUGCCACACUCAAAUCCAAGUCUCCCUGUUUAAUAAAUCAUCUUUGCGAAUUUCCGCUCAGCGUCGCCUCAGAUGUACUGCAGUCAUCUAAACAAAUGACCCUAUCUUCCGUACCAUGUGAGUCCGAUAAAACAUGUAACGAGUGUGAAAUUGCGACUGCAUGCAAGCAUAUUAAUAGUUGCAAAUGCAAUUGUAAAAGAAUAUGCGCGAGCAAAUUGUCUACUUUACCGUGCGAUUACAGCGUUAUAUCGUUAAGCAAAACUUAUCAAUCGACGGAAGUAGACAAUGGUAAUAGUGACGAAGAAUUUUGCGAAUGUUGUUCGUGUGGUGACGAAAGUAGCGAAAAUUUAUUAUAAUAAUGUAAUUAAUGUCUAACAUUUAUCGAUUGACAAAAUGCUCACUUUUUAAAGGUUUAAAUAUUAUAAAAAUUUCUUUAUUUAAAUACUUACGCAUAUAAAUUUUGACUUAGUUUUAUUUUAUUCAAAAAUUUGAGAAAUGAGAACAUUAAAUUUACCAGUUUUUGAUAAAGUUACUUGAAUUGAUUUAUCAUGUACAAAAAUAUCUUCUCCAUAAAAAUAUAGUGCUUACAAAACAA